AUGGCCGCAAUGGAUGGGAGCGUGUUUCUUCCCGUGCCAGCAGGCGGUAGAGCAGCGACGGACGCCAUGACGGCGGAGCUACCCGACGCGACCAACGGCGCGUACUUCCAUGGCGGCUUCGACGACGGGAUAUUCGGCAUGACGGACUUUGAUGGCAUCGAGUUCGACAUGGGGUUGGCGCAGGACAACCUCGACGCGGCGCACAAGCUCGGGCUGGGCGGCGCGGCCAUGGCGAUGGCUCGCGACUUGGGCGUGAGUGACACGCCGGGCAACGAAGACGACGACAUUUUCACGCAGCUCGCUGCUGCGCCCGACACGCAGUGCGACCCCAGCAUCUCUUUUGCGGCCGGACUACCUGCAGCAGCGGCGCCAGCGGCAGCGGUUCCAGAAACAGCAGUCCCUGCCUCAGCAGUAGCGGCCACGGUAGACCCCUCUCAUCACUCGCAGCGCGCUGCGGCGGCGGGAGCGUCGCAAGCGGACGAAGCCGCGCGGGGGAACCAGGACCGCGCAGGCGCGGGGAGCGGACGGCCCGAGGGGGGGAAGCGACGGGGGAUAUUCGAGAUUGCGGAAGUUAGCUUAGCGCCGUACUGCGUGUUGUCGGAGGGAGAGCCGACCGCGGACUGCGGAGGAGGGCUCGCGGGGGGCGGAAGCGCGCGGAACGGGGAGGACGCGCAGGGGAAUUUCGCGCAAGGGGGGGAAAUGGGAGCCGCGGGCGCGGGGGAAAAGGCGGGGGGAGCAGCGGGUGAGAUGACGUCUCCGCGGGGGUCGGACUGUAGCUUUUCCAUGAGCUCCUCCCCGCCCUCCCCCUCGCGCAUGCGCCAAUACGCGCACAGGCACGCGCACGCGCAGGGAUUUGCGCACAAGCAGGUGGGUGCGGAGGCGGAGGAGGCGGCGGCGCAGGCGCAGACGCAGGGCAUGGGGGUGGUGGGGGAUACCGCGCACGCGGCGGAUGGGCCGGGUUCUCCCCCGUCGUCGUCGUUCGGGCACAGCCAGGUGUUCAGCCCCAUGGUGUCGCGCACGCGGCCCGCGCAGAAACACAAGGGCGCGGGGAGACCCGCUGGAGCGGCGGACGCGGCGGGGGGAGCGGCGGUGAACGGCGCAACGAGCAGAGGCCUGCCGCACGGGGGCGCGAUGGGGGGGCAACAUGGCGCAGGGAUGGGGCCGAUGGGGAUGCCCGGGGGAAUGCCGGGGGGGAUGUGGGGGGGAAUGCCGCCAGCCGCGGCAGCGGCGGCGAUGGCGCAGCACCAUGCGAUGGCGGCGGCGCAAGCGAUGCACAUGGCGGCGAUGCAAGGCCACCCCAUGCCCGGCCACCCCGCGCAGGGGCACCCCAUGCCUGCGCACCCGUUCCCCAUGCCGCCGCCCGGGAUGAUGCCCGCGGGGAUGCCUCCGCCCAUGCCCGGCGCAAUGCCCCCGGGGAUGCCGCCAGGAAUGCCCCCUGGCGCUAUACCUAACGGGAUGAUCCCCCCUGUUUCCCCGCGCGGGGAGUUUGCAGGGGCGCAGGCUGGCGGAAGCAGCAGCAAGCAGCGGGGGAUGGUGGGGAGGGGAGGGGACGGCGGAGGCAUGGGCGCGGAGUCAGGGGGAGCGGGGACGGGCGCUCGACCUGGCGGAAUGGGCGGAAGCAGGGGGGGACAUGCGGGGGGGGCCGCGACGAUGGGGCAAAUGCGUGUAGGAGGGGGCGUGGGAGCAGAUGCGCGGGGGGUGAUGGGGAUGGAGGGAGGCGGAGGGAUGGGCGCGAUGGGGGGAUUGACUCCCCCACGGCUUCCGUCGCUAAGCGGAAUGCGGAGAGUGCAGAGCACAGGCGAUAUUCAGUCCCUGAGCGCCAUGUCCGGGCUGCCCUUCCCCGGUGUCAUGGCGGACGACGGCUCUGCUGUGUUCCGCGUGGGGCGCUAUACACUGGAGGAGCGCCAGCAGCGCAUCUCACGAUACCGGCAGAAGCGCCACGAACGCAACUUCACUAAGAAGAUCAAGUAUGUGUGCCGCAAGACACUGGCAGACAGCCGCCCGCGUGUGCGAGGCAGAUUCGCCCGCAAUGAUGACAUGCGCCCGCAGCAAGCAUUACUGCCUCCUUACCGCGUAGCCAUGGCGGCUCUCGCGUCCUCCUGCGUUUCCCUUGGAGCGGUCUCUCUGUUGCCCGUGACACGAGCUGCAGCCUCGCCGGAAGGCAACCAGGCCUCCACAGCCACGGAAACGCCUCCUGCUCCUGCUGGUAGCAGUGAGAGCAGGGUCUCUGGAGACGUGUGCAAGGCGUGUGGCAGGACAGAGAGGGUGGGGGGUUGCAAUGGGGAAGGUCGUAUUCAGGGCGGCGUUGGUGCACUCCCGGGCUUUGAGUGGUUUCCAGUAAAAGUGUAUCGGCCGUGUCCCGCGUUUGUUGAAGCUGGAGGGAAGUACAAGCGUCAGGGCCAGAGCCUUGAUGAGAUGGCGUUUGGUACGAAAGCCAAUGCGGACAACAGCUGA